GCUCAUGAUGCUGUCCGAGUUUGAACGGCAAGCAGUUUGUCUAAUACUAAUAAUAAUUUCGUAAAGCAAAUGGCUCGAGUGUUAGUUUACGUGCGGCCCGUUUAUGCAAUCUCCAUGGAUAUAAAAUUGGACAACAAAAUGGACCCUUCUGACUAUGCAAUAAGAAUAAAAGAAGAGCCAAUCGAUCCGGAGAUCUGCGAUGAUUUGUCGCCAGUUGAUACGAAUACAGGGAAUGAAAAUGAAACAGCGACGUUUAAAGGUGAAUCUUCGGAUGACGUUUAUUCUGAAUAUGAAGAAUCCGCGUUUCCUCAAGAAAGUACGUAUCUAGAAAAUAAGAAAUCGGAUCCUGAUAAACGAAAAAGUAAACAUAAAGUACCUUCAAACAACAGAAGAAGUUGCAACGUUUGUUUGUUAACUUUUCGAACUAAAUAUUUAUUUGAUCAGCAUAACAAAUUAUAUACCUGUAAUGUAUUUAAGUGUAAUAAUUGCACUGCAAUUUUCACUAUGCAUAUUUACUUGAUACGUCAUUUAAAGAGGCAAUGUCGUACGAAACAAUUGUCUGGGUAUAGAUGUAAUUUUUGUAGCCGAAGGUUUUCCUAUAAAAGACAUAUCCAAUCUCAUUUAUUCCAUGCGCAUGGGAACGCAAUAUUUUCUGGUGAAAGCAAAAUCACGAAAACAUCUCCUGAAUCGUUAGAAAAGUCCAAUCAUUCGGAUGGUAUAGCCAUGGCAGAAUCAAAUACUUCACACAGUCCCUGCCCAAAAAACGUAGAUAGCUCAAAAAAUAUAUCUUUGAUACCAUCUAAUAGUUUAAACAGUACACCCACCAAGGGUUCGAGCAGCAAUAUCAAGACUACGCACCCGAAAUGGUUAAACGAUUCGCAUGGUACACCUUCGAAAAGGAUGAAGCAGACCGUCCUUACAGACUUCAUAUCGACGUACAAAGACAAACCGAAUGACAAAUGGAUUAGCCCGGAAAAUUUUAUCGAUACGAAGAAUAUUCCUGUUACUGCGACUAUUAUUCCAACUUCAACGCUUGACACAUUUAGUAACAAGACAUCAAAGGCUGCAGAAGUUAUUCAGGUGUCUACUUCUGUUGAGCGAAACGAAUCUCCUGUUAGGAAACGACCAUUUGUUCAAACUCAUGUGAAUUUAAAAACAAUGAUAUCUUUAUUAAGGAACGAAAUAAAAGCUGAACCUGGAAGCUCUAAUACCUCGCACAGUACGCCUUACAACCUUAGGUCAGUGAAAAGACCUUCUUUAUAUGAUUUUUACGAUUUAUUACAGUUUGAGACCUUUGGAAGAUCAAGACAAUCUUUUAAAAGAAACAAGUUCCCCUAUAUAUUUGACCAAAGUAGAAGAUCUGCACCUGAAGCCAAGUAUAAAGAAUGCGUGGUCCGUUUGGAGAAAUGCGACAAAUUCUUGGAGCCAACUAGUUUUGUGUCAAGCGAAGACGAAGACGAAAACGAAAAGGAAAACGAAAACGAAGAUGCUUUCAAGCAAGCAGUAUCGAAAGAUGUGAAAGAGGAAUUUGAAGGUUUUCGUGAAACAAGCUCGACAUGUAACUUGCCUUUGAAAGCUGACACGAUUGCAUCAAAGCGAUUCAGUGAAUUUGUAAAAUCUUUCGCUGAUAGAUUAAUCGUACCUCAACAAGAAUCGGUUGAAUUUCAGAAGAACAUUAAAGUCUAUCAGCAAAAAAUAAUUCAAUGUCAUAUUUGUAAAAAAUCGUUUUCUUCGAAGGAGAACCUGCACGAGCACAUGAAAUUGUUCCAUACGAUUUACAUUUCGAGCAUAUGCAACGCGCGUUACACGUCCAUGUAUAAAUUACUAACUCAUUAUCUACGUCAGCAUAUUGUGUUUAAACGAAGAGAAUGUUGCGUGUGUUAUGAGAAGUUUGACACGUCGGCAUUGUUGAAACGACACAUGAUUUUGCACUGUUUGAAGACCAUAAGAUCAAAAAAGGACGCUUCACCGGUUGAUGUUGAAAUAAAUUGCAAUGCAUUCAAGAAACAACACAAAUGCAAAGGUUGUCGCAAACGAUUUUGGCUAUACUCAUGUUUGAAACAACACGAGAAUGUAUGUCGUCGAAUGAAAGUCUUACAAAAUAAACAACGUGUACCUUAUGUAAACCACUUGUCUCGGUCCUUGAAAGAACCAAGUGACAUGGAACUCGGCAUAGCACAGUCGCCUGAUUUGGAACAAAUGUCGGACGUUUCGGGAGGGACGACAAGAUCUUUGGAAAAUUAUUUGAUUACGAGUACACUUAUUACGGAUGAUACUUUCUCUUCGUCAUUCGAUACAGGUGCAAAGCGCAGAAUGUUACUUAAUAGGAUUGCAUGUGUAAAGGGUCACCGAGCGGACAAGAUGAACAGAACAAAGUUUCCUUGCAUUGCUUGUGAAACACAAUUCUGA